GAAGCACAAAGUCCCCACAUCUCUGGACCCUGCAUCGCGCCAAGGCGGAAUAAAUCGUGCUUCGGGUCUGAGCGUGAAAGCAAGGGCUGCGAGGGCAUGCUCAUGUUGAAUGUGGUCGUUGUUCGCAAUCCAAGAGACAGGUGCAACAGGUCUUCUAGAAGUUCAGAGUUUUCUGUGGGCCUGGGACAAAGCAAGAUCGAAGAUCGAAGGCAGAAGAGCGAACUGGAUGAACAUCAAAUAUGGGAAAGACGGAGAUAAAAAAGGGUCGGACAAUUCUAGACAACUUGGCGGGGCUAUCGCAGCCGCGAUACGAGAGGGAUUCAAUUGCAUCCCUCCCCGUGUGCUCAAGUCAGUCACGCGUGGAGCUGCUGAAGUGCAAGAAGAGUCUGAAACCAGAGCCCUAUCUGGUGAGAGCAUAUCUGGUAGCUUAUCUCUGAUGGCGACAGUAGAGAAGCAAAGGCUUUGUGCAUCUCUGCAGCUUCAAUUCCUCGUGAAACGAGCGCGGAAAGAAGAAGGAAAUGUCGGCACUUUGCAUACGAAGACUCAGGCUAGACGAUGCGGGAGCACACAAAGGAGCAAAAUGGCGAGAAAUGGGAACAGAGUCUCGGGGGAUGGCACCUGGCGUGGUUGAUUCAGGGCGAGUGGUGAUAACUUAAUUAUAGCUAACUUUCAGACGGGAUUCGGCUCGUCGUCUUUAAUCGCGUGGCGCCUUCCUGUCAACACAUGGGUAGCUCUGACUCUCUCUUUGUUCCUGAUAGCAACAAUCCUUUACUCUUCCUACUCGAGUACACCCCUAAGCUGUAUUCAUCGUUUCUGCUGUACGAGAUCGAUCGGGAAGGGCACCCUUUCUUUUUGUGUUGUCAUUUGAUUUGAUUGGACAAGCGAGGCUUUUCUCGGCGACGAUCAUUCGACACGGCCGACAAGCGCUGUCUGUCACGAACCAAGUCAGCCCUUCGGUGCUUUCUUCCUUUGACACGACAACCACGAAGGUCCACGAGAGAG